UCAAUUUCGAUCUGCUUUGUCCGAAAACGCGGAAGUUGCAGAAAGCAGUGCAUGAGAGGUACGUGUUUAAUCUACCCUUUUCCAACUCGUUUCAGUGCUUCAAACAGAUAAAGCGGUUUCUUUCACUUUACGUUCCACUGAAUAAAGGGUUAUCUACGUCCAUGACGUAAUAUUUUACAUUCAUUACCAACUUCGUGUUUUUCGAGUACAUACCAUCUUCAACUAGAAAAAGUUUCGGACUUUGAGCAUCUCAUGGAUAGGAAGUUUGUUUCGAAAAAAGGACCAGCAUCACCUCGCAGUCAAACAUCUGAGGAGGAAGAUGUAUUUGACUACGCAGGACUAGAAGACUAUAGUAAUGAAAGUGGACCUGUGCCGAGAGAAGCAUACAUUGCUUUAAGAACAGCAUUUCGUACUGUUGAGAAGCGUUUACAUGGGGCUGAGGCAAAGGUAUCUGAGCUAACAGCAAAAUCAAAACAGAGAGAUAGAAAAGGAUCUCAUGAACAAGUGUAUAAAGAAAGAGAUGCUCUCUUGAGUCAUUUACAUAACAGCUAUCUUGCUUUUGAAGAAAAAUUUGGAGAGAAUGAAAAAUUGAAGAGGACGAUACAAGAAUUACAGCUUUCUCAGAAACAAACACAAGGAGACACUAUGCAGGCCAAAGGUGGUGCUUCGUCUGAGUCGACCUCCGGAAAGGAAGAAAAGCAAGAAGGAAAAAAAUAUACAGAUUUAGGCGAGGAGUUGAAAACCAUGGGUUUAGAAGUUAAGGAAGAAAAUAACCGGCUAUGGAUUAUCAUAGUGGAUAGGGAUAAUCUCAAAAAGUGGAUUGAGGAAAAGUCGGAAGGAUAUAUAACUGUUACAAUACAGGGAAGAACUAGAGGAAAUAACGCGAACAAAACAGGAGCAGUGGUAUCUCGUACAGGGGGAUGUGAACUGUCAGAUGGAGGACGGAAAAAUGCUGAAGCGGAGGCUAUAUUAUUGAAACAUAAAAUUGAAGAUCAGGCACAGGAACUGAAUCGGUUUUACAAGAUAUUUAAGGAGGUAAUGGUUCAAAAUAAAGAAUUACGAACCAAGGAACAGAGGAAGGAAGCAGAAGCCGGCGGAGUGACUGAAGCUUCAAAACCAGAAGAAGCCUCUACAAAAAGAACAGCCUUGCCAACAAAAACAGAUGCUGUACUUCAGAAGAGAGUAGAGACCAUGUUGUCUACAGCCCAAGAACAUGUACUGGAAAUGAAAAAAGUUCGAGAACACUUGAAUUCACAAAAUAAUAGCUUGCAAAAACUGGCAGAGCUUACUGAAAAAACAACUGAAGAUUUCAUGAAAUUAAUCAAAACUUCGCAAGCCAGGCCAGCUGGAGCUGAAUCUUCGGAAUAUUCAACAGAAACCCGCACUAGAUGGCCACAGGAGGGAGAGAUGACAUUUACCGAAAGGCAUCGAUUCGAACAAGUGGGAAAUUUCGAACGGUUAGUCGCUGAAGAUGCCCCUCUAAGCGUUCCCGUUCAAGCCGUACAAGAAGCAUCAGAAUACCACCGACUUAAUGAUCAAGAUGAAAUUGGAGCUACUGGCUUUGGUCGAAGGUUGAGUAAAGAAAAAUAUUUAUCUCCGAUCUCGAGGGCUUCUUCGGAUGGAGCCGAAGGAAGGGCAGUUCCCAUGGGAACAUUUUUGGCCGAGAACACGGGGACUGGAGAGAGUGAUAUUGAAAUUAUCGAUGAGGAGGAUUUCAUUGGUGCAACUCCUGUAGUCGGCAAAAUAUGUCCAAUGUGUGAAAAGUUUUUUCCUGAAAGUUAUGGUCAGAGAAAUUUCGAGGAUCAUGUGCAACAACAUUUUGGUGACGAUCCGUAGUAACUAAUUUGGGAAAACCCCUUUUCCUCCAAUAGUCAAUCACCUUUUUGAUGUAUUUUCCUUCUAGGAAAGCACAUAUUAAACAAAUCCAAGGUUAUCUUUUUUUUUCCCUUUUUUUAAACUAUCUGGUGAGUCUUUUUCUAGUAAAAGUUUGCUUAAUGGGUUAGCCUCUUUGAUAGACAGGAAUUGUCGUUCUCAUUAUUUUUUUCGUGGCUCGGUGGAUGGUGAGGGAAAUAGUUAAGUGGGUAUAGGGGAUCAACUUAGACCAGCCAAGAACAGACUACUUUAAGUCCAAAUAACUCGGACCGAAAAUGAGACAUUUGAAUUGAUCUUCGUCGACUACUACUCAUGUUCGACGCGUUCCACGUUUUGGCUCGUAAUCAUAACUAGAAACUGUGGUCCUAAAAUAGCGAAUUUGUUCGUGUGUUCUGCUUUGUUAGCUUUUUCCCUUUUCGAUUCAAAAACACUUACGUUAGAGCGAUUCGGAAACUUUGUCCUUCAUUUACGAUAAAAGUAAUUUUUCGAUGACUGACAAUCGCAUCCUAGGCGGAAAAUAAUAGAAAAAACCCGCUGUUUAUCAAACUGUCGUGGACUUGAUAUGAAGCGAAAUGUGUGUUGAUUAAGUUUUAGCGAGAUAUAAACAACUAAUUUUCUACAGUAAAAAUCGAACGCAUAUGGCCAUUACAGAUCCAACGCAUGGAAUAGCCAGGUUCAAGUAUGCGCGCGCUGAGUGUGAUAUCAGAACAAUAAGUUAGAGGCCUUCGUUUCUUAGUUCCACCUUGACGAGUUAAUGAGCUAAGGCAGUAUUCCCCUCAGAGGAAAGCGCGCGCAAUCCUCGACCAACGAGAGCCUUCCUGGUUACGCUACGCCGCAAAUAUUACAGAUCUAUAAUAUUUUCGCCACUUCAAGUAGAUGUCGCGAGAACGAUAAGCAUUCUGCCCAAUGAUAAUGUAGCACUAAAAUUUAGGGUAUAGAAAUUGACAAAAUCUUCAACAACGGAAGGACUGAUUCUUUUUGUUGUUCAUCAUUGUAAAUCAGCGAUUUUUUUUUAUCUUGAGUCAGAUGGGUAAUUACCUGAUGUGUGGGUCAUUUAGUGACGUGGACCGUUUUUAAAGGAAGGGGCGAACGUAAGGGUUUCGAAACGGAAAUGCUACGCCUUUAUAAUUCUGUUUACGUCAUUUGACAUCAAAAUAUGUUUGUAUUGGUGAUUUUCUGUUUCAGGCCACGGCAGAGAAAUUUCUAGAAUUAAGCUGUGAACGAAUCGGAAGUCACAUUCUGUUAUUGAGAUGCAAAAGUGAAGUGUAACUUAGAGCGUUUAUAUCUUGGCGAAGAAAUUAAACUGGCAUAACCACG